GUGGACCGUCGAGCAAACAUGGCGGCUUCGCAAUAGCUGGAAAGCUAGAGCGAACAAAAAUGAAAUGAUUUCACUUCAGUGUUAUUGUCCACAGUCGCCCCUGCAGAAAGAAACAGUCCCUGGGACUCCUAGGAAUGUCUGGUUUGAAGAAGAGUGCCAAAGUAGAGGAAAAUGACACCUCAAUGUCAAAAAUCUCUCAGGAACUUUUGAACAGCCAAACAUUCUGUCCACAGGGGACUACAUCAGAAACAUCAGUGCUUUGUCCUCAAGACACUAUGGCACUACUCUGUGACCAAGGAGACCUCCUGACCAGUAUUGGUUUUAUGGACUCCAUCUGCACAGAUGGACCAGCCAAAGCUGCUUAUGUCAAUGGAUCCACCUCACCCAAUAUCUCAGAUGAAAUAUUGUUGGAUAUUUCAAAAAAUGUACCAGGAUUCCUUCCUAGAUCUUUUCAUGCACAGAAUUCUGUCACAACCAACGUCCACUUUGAAGAACCUGAUCCACUCAGAAAAGAGGGGGAAAUAACAAUUAAGCAAACAUUGACUGCCGAGGAUGUGGAAAAUAGGGGAAUAUGGGGCUUUGAUACGGAAUCGCCAGAAGGCUCAUUAGAUCAUUUUGAUGACGUAAAUGACCUUAGCUGGGAUCCCCAGAAAGAAUUUAUGAAGUUCCUCUGGGAUGAUGAUAAUGGUAUUGAAAUGGAGGGAAACUUGCCCCCUGUUGCCUCACCCCUCAACCAUAAAAGAAGGGUUCCAUCACCGCUCGGCCAUGAAAGAAGAAAACGUAAAUCAAAAAUUUUACUGAAAGUAGAUCCCUCAGAGGAGCUAUACCCAAAUUUAGAUUUUGAUUCAAAAAAUGAUAAACAUGGUGAAGGAAGCCAGAAAGAUUGCAGUACUCUUAAGAAGAUUCGCUCUCCAAGGAAACCAUCCAAAUCACGAUCACCCAUUGCAAAAACUACCAAGCAUUUAAAUGGAGCUGCUGAAGCUGCCAAACACCCUUUUCCCAAACCAGAAAAAAAACCUAUUAGCAAGACACAAAGGUUUGGAUUGACUAGAGAAAAUUUGACAACAGGCACAAGUUCUAAGGCGCAGCCUAAAUUUCUUCCAUGUAACAACAAUUUUACAGAGAAAUCUAAAGAAUACAGACAAACUACAUUUAAUACAGACACAACCAGUUCAAUGCCAUUCAUAUGUAAGGAAUGUGGACAGUGUUAUCAAGAUCAGAGUUCACUGUUAAAUCACGUCAACGUUCACCAGGUAAAGGGGAAAAAAAAUAUGGAGGAAAUAAAUGAGGUGCAUAAAAUGAAAGAUGCAAAGUUACAGUGCCCCCAGUGUACCUUUGGAACCAACUGUCCAAACACAUUUGUCAAACAUGCCAAGACCCAUGAGAAGGACAAGCGGUACUAUAGCUGUAAUAAGUGUGAUUUUGUGGAAAUGAAUGAAGUUGAGUUAAGACGUCAUUUGCUUCAAAAGCAUGGUAUCAGUGAUGCUGAUCUGACUAUUUGGAAAUCGGAUGGAGUUCAGUUACGCAAAGUCGAUAGAUCAGACAAAAAUUCUGCAGCACCUCAUCCAAUCUCAAAAAGUAUCCAGAGCCAUUCAAGACUCGACAAAUCAAUUCACACACUUUUAUCCAGACAGAAACACAGCAACCAGAGUGCCUCAGAAUGCAACUCUCAUCAGAGUCCUCAUGGAAUCAGUGCAACAGGGUUUCCUGACACAGACAAAUGUCUAAGUGAUGAUUCCUUUGAUUGUGAGACCACAUUGUCUAGAACUAAAAGGACUUCAUCCCCUUCAAAAUGUCAGAAAAGACCAGUUAAUUCUAAAGAACGGAACAGAAAAAGCACUUCUAAAUUUGACGGAAACAGCACUUGUUUAAAAGAUUUUGGAAAUCGGUCAACCCCCAAAUACACAAAUUUAGGCUUGGAGAAGCAAACAUUAAAGAAGUCACCCUCAAAAAGGAAAACGUCAACUCCAUUCCACAAUAUGCAGGGCCAAGAUAUUCUUUUAGAUUUUCCAAAAUGUAGACAAAAUUUCAAGAAACAUGAAGCAUCCAACAAUGACUUUUUGUGUGAUUCUAAUCAUGACCUUGGUGCAUGCCUAACUAAAGAAUGUGAGGUUAAAGAGGAUCUUAAUGUCAGUACACGUUUGGUAAGAAGACAGACUUUACUUGCAGAGGGAAGACUUUGUGCCUCAAGUAAUCACUUUGAGAGAGAUCAUGGGUCUCCAAGGACAUUUUCUGUCAAGGAAAAAGAGGUUUACGAUGACGGCUCUGAGUCAAACCCAGUUGUGAAACAUGAAUCGUACACAGAUCUUAAGAAGGAUCUAAAUGCUUGUCCUUACAUUCCUGCUGAUUUUGAGUCAGCAGAGGUGGACACAUCCCAGACUAAACGUCAUGCAGAGCUACCAACUGACUACCAACAAACAGAGCUCAUGUGUCCACUCUGUAUGGAGGUUUUUGUCACAAGGACUGGGCUGUCCAAUCAUGUACGAGGCCAUCUGAAGCGACUGGGAAAACCUGCUUCCACUACAUCAAAAUCUCCAGUGAUUCUAUUGAAAGAACUGAUGCGUGACAAGAAACAGUUUGAGAUGAAGUUGCAGGUUCUUGAAAAGAAGUGUCGUGGUUCCAGGUCUCUCUAUCCUAUAAUAUUGAGAAACGGUCUAACCUUCACAUCUAAAACACCCAGAGAAAAGAAAUGGAUAGAGAAUUAUAAAAGCUCACCACCAAGUGAUCUGAUUGGAUUUUUGAAGAAAAUGAGGGCCAAUGAAGAGACUGAAGCCAAGCAGCCAUCCCACACAGACUCAUUCACAGAGGUGGACACAUCCAAGACCCAGACUGAACAUCAGGCAAAGCUGCUGACUGACUGCAAAUUGACAGAGCUCGUCUGUCCACUCUGUAGGGACAGGUUUGAGACCGGUACUGGGCUAUCCAAUCAUGUACGAGGCCACCUGAAGCGACUGGGAAAACCUACUUCCACUGCAUCAAAAUCUCCAGUUAUCUUAUUGAAAGAACUGAUGCGUGACAAGAAACAGUUUCAGAUGAAGUUGCAGGUUCUUAAAAAGAAGUCUUGCACCUCCAGUUCUUUAUAUGCUGUAAGAUUGAGUAACCGUCGUACCUUCAGAUCUACUGGCAAACGGUAUAAACAUGUGUAUUCUCGAUCCAGAGAAGAAAAGAAAAGCAUAGAGUCUAAUAAAGGCUCACCACCAAGUGAUCUGAUUGGGAUUUUGAAGAAAAGAAGGACCCAUGAGGAGACCAAAGCCAAGCAUCCAUCCCACACAGCGAGAAAGGCUCUCGUUUUGCCUUCAGGCAAAGAUCGUGGCCUGGUGAUAGAACCUGCCAAAAUGGAGCCUAAUUCACUAACAGAUAAAAGUGAACUCAAUAGAAAAGUAUGUGAGCACUGUAAUGCCACUUUCCACAGUGGUGUAAGCCUCUCCAAUCAUCUGAGAGCAUAUGCACAAAGAAAGAAAAAAGCCCUCAGAGAUGGAACAACCUAUGACUGUAAACAGAGAAAGCAAAGAUCAAGGUCUGGGUCAAAGAAGAAACCCCAUCUAUUGCUGCACACUCCAGAGGAAAUCUAUACACUUACUUGCAGGUUUUGUGAUCUAGUCUUCCAGGGCCCUUUGUCAGUACAGGAGGACUGGAUAAAGCAUUUACAGAGGCACAUCAUGAAUACUGCUGUACCGCACACAGGGGCAGGAAUGGUGGAAGUUACCUCCUUCCCCAAGGACUCUUGCCCCAACACAGAACCUCACGCACAACCUUCAGUAAUGCAAACAUCCUCAUGAGCCCAGGAAACUUGAGACACAAUUUGUCCUAGGAAUAUCACUUGUAUGUAAUUUGUUUGAUUCCCACUUAAAUUUUUAUAUGGUCAUCAAUACUGGAUUUAUUUUUAUUUUAUUUUUCUCUCGUAAUGAGGAUCCACUUUCAUUACACACAGGUUUUAGGUAUUGUUACAUUGUGCUGGUGUUGUACAUGGUUGAUCAAUGAACGUACAAAUGGUGGGUGAAUGUGUUAAGAUGUUUGUGGAACCCACCACCAAAAUAACUUUUACCUCAGAUGAUUUUCAAGGCUUCUCAUACUGGGUUUAAUUCAUAUUGGGUUUGAAAUUUAAGUAUAUGUAUUUACUUGAUUAUGAAUUUUAUGACCCAUAAAACACACCAGUCAUUGUGUGAAUCAAAUUGUUCUAUGGCUAUUUAGCAGUCCAGACAGUAUGCAUGUCAUAUCUUCCUCAUUACACCAUUUACGUUCCAGUAACAUUUUCAUUUUACUUAUUACCCUCUUUUGAUUCUCUAAGAUUGCCAUGUGUGCUGGAAAAAAAAAAAAAAAACAUUAACUGUUACUUGUGUAGGCCAUUUUUCACAGUUAUUUUUGUGUAUAAACCUUUUUAGGUAAUUUAUGUGAAAUGUACAUCUCUAUAAACAAUUUUGUUGUUCAAAAUAAAAUGUUUUUUUGUCAUCUUCAA